AUGGUGGAAACAGACACAAACUCUCCUACGUGGAAAUUCACUCAAUGCUUCGGCGACAAGGGAGAUGUCGAGGACAUCACUGAAGCCGACAUCAUCUCGACCGUGGAGUUUGACCACACGGGUAACUAUCUAGCCACUGGUGAUAAGGGUGGACGCGUUGUCCUAUUCGAGAGGAACGAGACGAAAAAAACCUGCGAGUACAAGUUCCACACCGAGUUUCAGUCUCACGAACCCGAAUUCGACUACCUCAAGUCCCUGGAGAUCGAGGAGAAGAUCAACAAGAUCAAGUGGUGCCGGCGACAGAACGCCUCCCACUACCUGCUCUCCACCAACGAUAAGACGAUCAAGCUGUGGAAGGUCUUUGAGAAGUCCCUGAAAGUAGUGGCGGAAAACAACCUCUCACACGAUCUCACACCCGGCAGCCUGGCAGGCGGCGGAGGAGCCCCGAGGCCGUUGCAACACCAUCACUUCCAGAAUGCCACCGACCUGAAGCUGCCCAGGUUAACCCACCAUGACACAGUCGUCGCCGCAGUCCCUCGGAGGACUUAUGCCAAUGCCCACGCGUAUCACAUCAACAGUAUCUCCGUCAACAGCGACGGAGAGACCUUCAUCAGCAGCGAUGACCUUCGUAUAAACCUCUGGAACCUUCAUAUCCAAGACCAGAGCUUCAACAUCGUUGACAUCAAGCCCGCCAACAUGGAAGAGCUGACCGAGGUCAUCACGGCCGCCGAGUUCCACCCGCUCAGCUGCAACUGGUUCAUGUAUGCCAGCUCAAAGGGCACCAUCAAGCUAGCUGAUAUGCGCGAGAGCGCUCUCUGUGACCAACACGCCAAGAUGUUCGAACAAGAGGAAGAUCCUUCUUCAAGAUCUUUCUUCUCGGAGAUUAUCUCCUCUAUCUCUGACGUGCGCUUCUCCUACGACGGCCGCUACAUCCUGUCGCGCGACUACCUAACUGUCAAGAUUUGGGACGUCAAUAUGGAACGCCAACCCGUCAAGACGAUUCCCAUCCACGAACAUCUUCGCCCCAGGCUCUGCGACACCUACGAGAACGACAGCAUUUUCGACAAGUUUGAAGUUGUGUUCUCGGGCGACUCCAAGAAUGUCAUGACGGGCAGCUACAACAACAACUUCAUGAUCUACCCUUCUGACCCUGACAAAGAGGUUGAGGUUGUCCUGCAGGCAGACAAGUCGGCCUUCAAGGCAAAGAAGGUGGGAGUUCCUACUCCGAUCAAUGCUUCGACCAGCCCUACGGCCAAUGGCAAGAAGGGCGGGUCUCGUGCGACUAGCCCGGCGGCUGGCCAAGGCCAGCGAAUGAGGAAGGAGACGGACGCGGACCAGAUUGACUUCAACAAGAAGAUCCUGCAUAUGAGCUGGCAUCCUUUCGAAGACAGUAUCGCAAUCGCGGCUACGAAUAAUGUGAGUGAUCAACCUGGCGAGUCAAGCGUGCUCUGUGGCUAA